AUGUUGUCGCUCAGAAAAUCUUAUAUUACCUCUGGACUUGAUGUUUCUGAUAUGACGGAUGUUCCUAGGCUGCUUCGUGGUGUUCUUGAAGAAUCGCUAAUAUUGGAACCUUCACAACAAUCAUUGGAUAGCUUUCUUCCAAAAGUCGGUCAAAUCAUCACGGACUUGAUGAAGAUACUCAAAAUGAAACAGGCAGAAUUUCAAAGGGUUACAGAGGCUCGUAAAUCUUCAUCUACCAUGCUCUCAGUACCUGAAACCUUUCCUGACUCACUAAGCACGCCAUCAUCCAGUCACAGCGCACCAUCAAUCAAAAUAUCUCCUAUUAAUAAUUCACAAGCAUCAUCUGAGAAUCUGCAGAGCUCUUCUCCAAACAAAUCUAUGCUAUUUUCACCUUCUCCAAAGGAUCCCCUGGCACGAUUGCAGAAUAACCAUGCUUUAAUGAGGAGAGCUUCGAAAAGAUUCUCUGCUUACCAGACUUCCAAGAUCAUAUCUAUGAAUCGUACCGGCACAUCAUCGCCCGUUUCUGGAUAUACCCUACCGACCACCGAUGAAGAUACCCUUACUAAAAGUCCGAAUGGUAACGAUCCUCAACCUGCCCUUCCUUCCAGUCCACUACAAGAAGAGGUGAUUAAGAACAUCAGGGAAUCUGAAUUGGAUAAAACACUCUCCCACUCCCUCAUUGAAGAGGAUGAUUCCUCUCGUACCAGUCAAGCAAGCCGUACUACUACUGUGUACCAUUUACCGGGUGGUAAGGGCAGAAUAUACCUAAAGAUCGGCAACAAGGUCAAGAAAGCUGACUUGAAACUACCGACUACUCUCGCCAGUAUCAAAGUUUUGUUCACUCAAAAGUUUGAUUAUUCCCCCAAUGGUGAGAUAUAUCCAGCUAUUUAUAUACAGGAGACUUCUUCGGAUGUGAGCUAUGAAAUGGAGAAUGUAGAGGAUAUCCAAGCUGGGUGCAUUCUCUCUCUUCAGCAACCUGAUCUGGCCACAGUGAUUUGCCAGCAUCUUGACAAUAAAUUUGGUUUAAUGCGUGAUGAGAUCUCAAAGAUUGAGAAAUUGACUGUCGGAAAACCAAUAGAUAAAGAAGAUAAAGUCGAUGCUGAAGAAAACAGUAAACAAGCCAGCAUAAUCAAUGAUACAGUUGUGGUGUCCCUUAAAAGGGAAAUCAACGAGUUAAAAUCAGAGCUUAUUAGGGCUCGUCAGCAGCAGGCCAAAACUAAAGAUCAACUGACGGAUAAUGUUGGUAGUUUGCUUACUUGGGUGCAAGAGUUACAGGCGAUAUCACUUUCUCCCACGGGUCUUAUCAAUAAUCCUUACAUGGAUCAUUGCAGAACAAAAGUUAGCAGCGAAUGCGAAUUAUUGGUUAGUAGAAUUGAUAAUUUGCAAGACCUUAUUGAAGUACUAAAAGUGGAUAUUACCAAAAGAAGAAGCCGUCCUUCAGAGAAACAAGUUCUACAGAUUCAGAAAGAGCUAGGUUCUACCAAGGGUAAUUUGGAAUCGCUUACAAAGUAUAUGGUUAAGGAGAGAAAUAACUGGAACAACAGAUGGCAAUCAGAAUUGACAGCAGUCUUGGAAGAACAGGAAUUCUUCAAGGAGCAAGAAACCAUUGUUCAAUUACUUGGAGAAGAUCUAGGCUCUGCGGAUGAGACAUUUGAUUUGAUUGUAAAGUGUUGUGAGGAACUUGCAAAAAAUGCGAAUAUUCUCAAGGGACCCAGACUCCCGGUUGUGGACCCAUCGGUGUCGAUGCAUGAUGUAAAAAAUAUGGUUCUACAAGAAGUUGAAAGUCUAAAUCCUGAUCACGGGCAGAGAGUGGAUGCCAUUUUGAAAGCUGAGAAGGUAAGAGAUAUGGAGCGGAAGAUGUUGAACAAAACUGCAUUUGAGCAGGAAUUGGGAGAUUUUGUUGGUAAUAGUAAGUUGAAAAGCAACGGAGGAGUAGAUGAGGUAGAAAGGCAAAGAAAGCUGAAAGAUGAGGAGAAUUUAAAAAGCCAAUUCGGUGGCAUUUGA